AUGGCAGUAUCCAACGGCGCAAGCGCAAGCGCAGCACCUAGCGCCGACGCUACCCCGCCCCCCGGCGGGGCCGGAGCUGCAGGCCCAUCACCAUACCACGAGUCGUCGCAGUUCCGGCACUGGCGAUACUCGCGCGGACGGCUGGCCGCGCUGCGCGCCGAGCUGAAUGAGAAGAGCAAGGAGGUUACGGCGAGGAAUAUGGCUGCGGAGAAGGAAGCCCAGCUCUCCCUAGGCCACUCAUUCACCGACCCGCCCCCGGCAGCCACGUACCCGACCGUCGACGAGGAGCUUAAUCUGGUCUGGUUCUACUGCAACCAGGCGAGCCAGAUCUGCCGGCAUGGCUUCGGGCUGUCGGAGGAGGUCGAGACGACGGCUAUCAGCUAUAUGAAGCGGUUCUACCUCAAGAACAGCGUCAUGGAGUGGCAUCCGAAGAGCAUCAUGCCAACAUGUGUCUUCCUCGCGGCCAAAACAUGCAACCACCCCGUCCCGAUCGACGUCCUCGUGUCCAAGCUGAAGGGCUUCAAGCCGGCCGACGUGCUCGACCUCGAGUUUUUGGUGGCCCAGAGCCUGUCGUUCGAGUUCUGGGUGCGCGGGGCGGACAAGGCGUUGCGCGGGUGGAGUCUGGAACUGCAGGACCAGGCGAAACCCCCCGUCGACGCGAUCCAGCGCGCGCUGCCGGCCGCGCUCGACCGGCUCAGGUGGAGCAGGUACACGGACGCCGAGUUCAUCUACACGCCUAGUCAGGUCGCGCUGGCGUGUUUCCGCCUCGCCAACGCCGAGCUGGUCGACUCGUUCCUCGAGUUCCGGUACGCUGCGGCCAGCGCGACGGAAGGCGCAGGCCUGCCGUAUGGCCUGCCCCUCGACGACCUCUUGCGCCUCACGAAGGAGAUUGAAGGCGUUAUCCGCGACGCGGGCCAGGGCGAGUUCGACAUGAAGACGAUCAAGGAGAUCGAUAAGCGCCUCAAGAGCUGCACCAACCCCGAGAAGAUCCCGGGGACUGCGCUGUACAUCAAGCGCAAGGCCGAGGCAGACGCCAAGGCUGUCGAAGCAAAGGCGGAGAAGGCAGCCAAGGUCGCCGCCGCGCGCGAGGCCGACGAGCUGACGUUCGGCGGCGCGUUAGGCGCGGGCGCAAAGGCCGCUGUACCCGACGACCCGUUCGCGCCGCCGCCCCCGCCGCCCAAAGCGGAGUAGCAUAGCACUAUUGUAUCAUUACGUCCGACCAUGUAGGCAUUGUCAGAGUGUA